CAGGAACACAAGCCCGCCAACAACCUUUCUCUUCCUUCUCCUCUCCAUUCCACCUCUUCCUACCCAUCAUACCCACAGGAAAAACACGGCCAUUCAAACUCCAGCCAUAAUUGCAACCAAUCCCUCCAGAAACAAGAUACCCACUCAAAAGGAAGCGAAACCAAACCAAACCAUAUCUCCGACCCCGCCUAUCUUCUCUUCCGCAAGUGCAACACAAUCCCUCCUCCCACUAUCACCACCACAACAUCCACCACCACCAUGUCCCAACCAACCCAACCACUCACCACCAACCCAGCCGCCCACUACCUCGACCUCGGCAUCACCCUCGCCAUCCACAACUGGCCAGCCCUCAACCUAGCCGUGCAAUCCAACUGGGGCGGUCCCACGUCCUCCGACAAGCGCGACUGGCUCUGCGGCGCCAUCUCCGAGAUGUUGACCGAUCGGCCCGAGACCGACGCCGAGGAUCUCGAGGACGUGUUAAUCCAAGUAAUGAAUGACGAGUUCGACGUGGUGGUUGACGACGAGAGUGCCGGGAAUGUCGCGGACCAGAUUAUGGAGAUGAAGGGACAGACGACGAGGGGAGAGUUCGGGGAGAUUCAGGCGAUGUGGGAGGCGUGGCAGAAUAAGAAGGGGAAGGCGGAUGCGGGUAUUGCGGCGUUUAGGAGGGGAGAGGAUCAGGAGGAUGAGGGUGAGGAUAGUAGUGAUGAGGAGGAUGGGGAUGGGGAUAUGGAUAUGGAUGAUGCGCCGCCGGCGUUGGUGAGGGCGCCGAGGGAGAGGGUGGAGCCUGAGGUGGAUGAGGAUGGGUUUACGACGGUGGUGUCGAAGAAGAAGCGGUGAUGGGUUUGUUAUCGCUUUGGGUUGGUUUUGUUGUGGAUGGUUUUUGGUUAGAAAAGUUGCUGGGUUGCGCAUGCGCCUGGUUUGAUUCCCCUUUAUAGACAGACACCUUGCAUGAAUCGGCCGUGGUCUAUGCUACAUGGUUCAUGUGUGAAUUAAUCGAGAAUAGAACGCGUGAAAUGACAGCAACGAGAAUUUUAUUGGCCAACGGAGCAAGGGAAUGCAAAUCUAUUAAAAACAUCAAAAUUCAUCAUCAUCAACCAAACAAGGCUGCUUUUGGGAUAUC